CCCGGCGCCGACCCACAAGAAGCGGCGCAUCCCUGUUGAGUUGGGAUCAGCUGCCUCGGGGUGGGGGUCGACUGGGAAGAACUGAAGUGACCCCCCCCCUUUCCAGUCUCAGGGUCUGCCAUCUGCCCCCCCAUGCGGGUGCAGUAUCCGCACCCAUGACUGAUGGGAGGAUGAAAGGCUACCUAGACCAGCAAGUGCCUUAUACAGCUGCACAGAAAUUGUCUGGAAAUGGAACCUUGGAUGGCAGGCUUGUGAUGGCCACACGGAGGAAAGGCAUGGACUCAGGCGUGCCCCAUGUCCCAGAUCCAGAAGAUCUUUUCCAUGACCUAAACCAGUUUCAAGAAGUCUGGCUAACUGAAGCUCAGGUUCCAGACAGCGAUGAACAAUUUGUGCCUGAUUGCCAUUCAGAAAAUUUAGCCCUUCACAGCCCACCAGCAAAAAUAAAAAAGGAACCCCAGAGCCCGUGUUCAGAAGCGUCCGGGUCCUGCAGACACAGGCAGCCGUUUCCAUACCGUAAUGGGGAGCAGUGCCUUUAUGCCAGGCAAGACUCAAAUUUUGUGAGCUCCCAAGGCCCAGCACAGGCUACUCCUGGCCGGACGUACCUUAUGGAACACAGCUCCUUGUACCAGCUACCCACUGAGACAGGCCAAUCCUUCUCCAGCUCCCAAGCCUUGGGAGUGGAUGCCCCAGCUGCAUACCAGCGCCCGUUAUCUGCCCCGUGCCUGCCAUACCCCCCACAUGGCUUCAAGCAAGAGUUCCAUGACCCCAUGUACGAACAGGCGAACACGGCAGCCAUCAGUGGCAGCUCCCGGUACACAGCAGGAGUGGUGAUCAAGCAAGAGCAGAUGGAUUAUGGUUUUGAUGCAGAUGUUCCCAGCUGCCAUUCAAUGUAUGUGAGCAUGGAGGGAUUCCCGGGUCAUUCCAACCCUGAUGGUACGUUAGGAUAUGGUUAUGAGAAGCAGGUGCGGCCGUUUGCUGAUGAUGUUUGUGUUGUUCCAGAGAAACUUGAAGGAGACAUCAAGCAAGAAGUGGGUGGCUACCGCGAGGGCCCUCCUUAUCAACGGCGGGGGUCUCUGCAACUCUGGCAGUUCCUGGUGGCUUUGCUGGAUGACCCCAGCAACUCCCACUUCAUUGCCUGGACAGGCCGAGGGAUGGAGUUCAAACUCAUUGAGCCAGAAGAGGUGGCACGGCUUUGGGGUAUCCAGAAGAACCGCCCAGCCAUGAACUAUGACAAGCUGAGUCGUUCUCUUCGUUACUAUUAUGAAAAGGGCAUUAUGCAAAAGGUGGCCGGUGAGCGUUAUGUAUACAAGUUCGUUUGUGAACCUGAAGCACUCUUCUCACUGGCCUUUCCUGACAAUCAGCGCCCGUCCCUGAAGGCGGAAUUUGAGUGGCACAUCAGCGAGGAAGACACAGUGCCUCUCUCUCACCUGGAUGAAGGUGUCGCUUAUUUGCAAGAUCUAGGGGGAAAGCCUUACAGCCAAGGCUAUACAUACUGACAAGGACAGAUGGAUCAAAUGUGGCCCAACUUUCUGUGUGUAUAUAUAUAAAUAUAUAUAAAGAUCUUUGUCAUUAAUCACCAAUAUAGGGUAUUGCCUUUCCUCUCUUAGUGUUGGAGGAAGAUGUACAGCAGUAUGCCUUUGGAAACGAGAUGGGAACCAAGGGCAGAGCUUGAGCCUGGGUUCAAAUCCCACCCUCAGCUAUAGACUCACUGGGAUGAUGUUUGAGCAACUUGCUUCUCUUCCUUUUUCCCCCCAGCCUCCACUCCUAAGGAGUACCUACCUCACAGGGAUGUUGUGAGGACAGAUAAGAUAAAGAUUGUAAAGCACUUUGUACAUUUUUUUGAGACUUAUGCAAUGACUUUUACAAAGCAAGA